CUCGAAGACUUACAGACUUUGUGUUUGUUAUUGCUGCUGCGAUCUUCAAAGAUGAUGUUGGCAGAGCAAGCCCAGAAGUGGUUCCCAACUCACGUGCAAGUUACGGUCCUUCAAGCCAAAGGUCUGAAGCCAAAAGGUAAAAAUGGCAGCAACGAUGCCUACACCAUCAUACAGCUGGGCAAGGAGAAGUACUCCACCUCGGUGGCUGAGAAGACCCUGGAUCCCAUCUGGAAAGAAGAGGCCUCCUUCGAGCUCCCUGGAUUGCUCAUGCAGGAGAAUCCGGAAAAAUACAUCCUGUACCUGAUUGUCAUGCACAGGUCACUGGUGGGGCUGGACAAGUUUUUGGGACAGGUGGCGAUAAGUCUGAAUGAUAUAUUUGAAGACAAGCAAAGACGGAAAACAGAGUGGUUUCACCUGGAGUCCAGACAAGGGAAGAGAACUAAAGACAGAGGAGAAAUAAAGGUCAAUAUUCAGUUUAUGAGGAAUAACAUGACAGCAAGUAUGUUUGAUUUGUCAAUGAAGGACAAAACCAAAUCCCCGUUUGCUAAACUAAAAGACAAAAUGAAGGGUCGAAAAAAUGAUGGGACAUUUUCAGAUACAUCCUCUGCAAUCAUCCCAAGUACUCACAUACCUGAUGCAAACGUAGAGGUAUGUAGUGGUGAAGUACAAAUGAAAUCAAAACCAAAAAAACCUUUCCUUUUGGGACCUCAGCGGCUAUCCUCAGCUCAUUCGAUGUCAGAUUUAACGGGAUCACAUGUCUCCUCAGAAAAAAUGAAAUCCAGCACAGUUGGCUACUCUCAUCUUUUCAGGCGUCAGCUAGACUCUUUUGGUUCGGUUGAUGAAGGUGGGAGUCUAAAAUCUCCACAUAGAAGGACAUUAAGUGUUGAUACUUCUAAAAUGAACCAGCUUGACAGCACAGUUGAUGAAACCGCACUUGAAGCACAAAAUGACCCAUUUACCAAUGUGAGUGCUUCGUUACCCCAAAAAUUUGCUACACUGCCAAGACAGAAGAAUCCGUUUGAAGAAAGCCCAGCAACAUGGGAUCAAAACAUAAGUCUGUUUUCCAAACCUGUCGAAAUCAGAAAAGAAAUUAAAAAAGAGAAAAAAGAGAAAGUUAGUCUUUUUGAAAGAGUGACUGGAAAAAAAGAUAGCAAGAGGUCAGAUAAACUUAGCAAUGGGGGAUCAGACAGUUCUACUGACUUGAAAUCACCUAGUGCGUUUGGUGAAACUCAUCAGGAGAGUUUUGAUUAUGAUUCGACUAAUCCGUUUAUGACAAACUUCAAGCCUACAAGCAUGUUGCCAUCUUCAAGUUUUAACAUGAAUCCUUCUGGCAUUGAGGACCUCAGGAAAACAAUGGAUGGAAAUCCUUUCGACGCCACUGCAGGAUACCGUAACCUUACUUACGAAGAGGUUUUGCAGGAGCUGGUGAAACAUAAAGAGCAACUUAAGAAGAAGGACACCCAUAUUCGUGAACUUGAGGAUUACAUUGAUAAUCUUCUUGUACGAGUAAUGGAAGAAACACCUAGUAUUCUCAGAGUGCCAUAUGAACCUUCUCGAAAAGCUGGCAAAUUUUCCAAAAGCUAAGAUAGCGAUACUUGAUGGUACUUUCUGCUGAAUACGUUAGUGGAAGGAAAUCACACUUUAACAUUUUGACUUCUCUUCAUUCCUUUUCUCCUAAGAAAUUUCAGGAAUCAGGGGAGGACGGGACUAUGGCGUGGGGGUUUUUUUUUGUUUGUUUUUUACUCCAAACACUAGCAGGGACUGCCAAAAGUAAUAUUCUGUUAGAUUACCUAAAUAACUUUUUUUUUCUUUUUGAAAACACCUUUAGGUACAGAAUACUUACAGUAGAGUUAAUAAUACACAUUAAAUAUGUCCAUGCAGUUUAUAUAAUAGCUUAGUGUUCACCAUGUGGCAGUUUCAGCUGGGAAGCCUGUGCUGUUAUGAAUGUUUUCUUGAAUGAUUAUUGGUAUUAUGCAAAUAUAUCGAUUCUGAUAUUACAGCAUGCCAUCGAGACCACUGUUUUCAAGCCAAUGUAGUACGCUUUACUAAACCUAAGUGUGGUUUGUUGCAAUGGAAUGUAGUUUGUUCUACACACAUUAGAGGAAAACAGUGAUGUACAAUCUUUGCAGAGUAAAUGCUGUAUUCUAUACAAUGUGCUUUUUGUAUAACAAUGUAAAAAAUACUGUGCCAUUCCAGAAAUGGCACAUGCUGGAAUCAGUUAUUUUACACUUAAAUGCUGAAUUUUGUGUAUGAUGGUUGAACUUUGGUAGUGAGCUCAUGACAUAAGGUUGUUUUGAGGAUCUUUUUGUAUGAAGUUAUUGCAUGCCCUUUUAUAUGUUAAAGUACUUUGAACAGUGUUAAUAGAGUCGGAGGUAGGACUGGAGAAAAGUAUGGAAUAAAGAUAUGAAUACUUUGUUCAGUCAAAGUCUACUACAGUGAAAAUGUAGGAGAAAUGAACAGACUGACUUAAGUAGACAUGAUAAUUCAAAAAAUAUAGAACUGACUCAAUUUAAGGUUGAGUUUUACAUGAUAUGUAUCUAUCUAAGGUUUUUUAUGUCUUAUGACAACGAAGUAUAUGCCUUUAGAAAUAGGCUAUGUUGCUUAAACACAUAUAGAGUACUUAGAAAGGCUUUUCAUUAAAAAAAAAAAAUCUGUAUUCCUUGUAAGUAUUUCUAAAAGUCAGUUUUCAUUGAGGCAAAUGAAAGAAGAAUGUAGUAAAUGUCUUCCUGAUUAUUUAAUAAUUGUUUGUAAAAUGACAUAUGAAAAAGGUAUCUGUUAUUCAAUAAAUUGGCAAAAUAUAGUGAUGAACGUAUAAUGGGAAAUACUGUAGGAGAAGAAUCCUCACAAUAUUGACAUAAAUAGAUUUUGAUUUUAAUUUUAAUUUCCUUCAUAAGAGUCUCAGUUGGAUUGUCUGUUGCUGUGAAACAGUAAGAUGAUAUUAAAAAAAAGUACAGAGAAUAUUUUAGAUUUGGAUUUAAGAAAACUGACUGUCUUUUCUGCCUCCUCUUCUUUUUCUACACCUGAUCUGUUUUUUUUUCUUAGACCACCAUGUAAUGGCUGUUGCUGAGGAGGAAAAAAAGCUUGAAAUUAAAUUCCAAUUUUUUUGUUGUUGUAAAAGAUCUAAAUAAGAUUUCAUUUUUAAAACUGCAAAAAUUAGUAAUAUCUUGAAUAAUUAUGAUCUGGAAAAGUUGAAAAAGUUCUAUCUGCUUUUGACAAUGUUAGUAUUGUAUGACAGCAUAGAGUUAUUCUUGUUAGAAAAAAAUACUUCUUUCUACAAUUGUUCUCAGAUUUCAUGUACUUAUUUUUGGCUUUUUCUUCUUUUCUUCUUUCUUUCUUCUUUUUAUUUUCUUCUUCUUUUUCUUAGCAACUACCUCCCAUUCCCCUAGCGCUAUGUCCCUAAAAUGUAUGCAGUUUGAGUGUUCCCAACCCACCGUUGGGAUCCCUUAGUGUAGAUCGUUGUGCCUGGAUGGUGCCUGAGUGAUUUCAAGCCCUACCUACUUGUAGUGCUCUGCAUUUAGACGUUUGUAGCACAGAAAUGGGCCCACUUCAUCAGGUAGUCUCUCUUUUGACAGCCUAAGGAUUUAUCAAGUUUGGUACCUCAUAAACCACAUGAAUGUUCUUUUGACCCACUUAAGAUCUAAAUGACUGUAAAUUUGUUGUAAUAUAUUCGAAGUGCCAAAGGUUAUGUACUAAGUUAUGGUAUGUUUACUGUUGGAAGUUAGGGUUUGCACUCAAUUAGAUUUUAAUUUCCUAAUUACACCAAGAUGUAUUUCAGUUACGCAGUAUUUCCAUAAAAGUUCUUAAACAUUUUCAAAUGUUUGGCCGAAGCAAGUGGUUUUCUCAUAUUGUUAAUGGAGAAGUGGUGUGCAAUUGUUUUGAAUUCCACAGUCAUUUUCAAACUAACUGGUAUGAGACCAUCUGUAGUACCUACAAUGAUUAAAUCAUACACACCGAUGGGGUUUAACAAGUAAACUAACCAGAGAAUAUGCUCCAAUGACUUUUCACUUGCAAGCCAACUUAUAAUUAUUAAAAUGAAACUCUACUAUAUUUAGCACCUCUGAAAUCACUCCUUUUAGAAUGUAAAUGUAGAAUAUCAAACUGCAUAAUUGACUAAAAGCAGAUCAUUUGACAUAUUUGCAUACUAAGAACGAUAAGCAGAUUAAAGGUAGCGAAAAGAUCAAUUUUUGUGCAUUAGUGAAGAAAUUUAGUGAAGCUUUGAAUGUGCUGUCUAGUCUUUAUCUGAUCUGUACGUGAAUAAAAGCACCUUUUGUUUCUAACAGUUUGUCAAGAAAGAGGGGAGAACGACAUGCAAUUUAGGAAAAAGGUAAAGUUACUAAGAGAGGUAGAAUGGGACAUUUACAACUAUGAAAAUAUUUUUAUAGAGUUCUUUUAGCUAAAGAUAUAGGCUGCUUUUGGAGCAAUUCUGGAAAGAUUACAUGCACGUCACUUUCUGCUUAGAAAGAAAAUUUUAACAUUUUUCUAUACUUUGAGAUUAUUUUUGAAAAGCAUCUUCAGCCCACAUGUAUGAUUCAAAAAAUACAGCUUUCAAAUGAAAAUAUUUCAUACAGAGUAAUUUAUAUGUUGAAAACAAAGAAAGUUCUGUUUCUCCCAUAGGAUAAAAUUGUAAACUUUCUUGCAGAUUAUUUUAAAACCAUGAUAACUUGCCACUUACAGUCAGGUUUUUUUGCCCUUUAAAAUGUAGGGAUGAAAAUUUAGCCAUCUCCACAUUAUUUUGAUUUUUUCCUUCAAAAAUUAGCAUAAGAGUUCAUCCAUGAACACACUAUACUUUGAAAUUAUUCUUUGAAAUAGCUCUGCUCAUAGCCCUGUACUUUACUUACUUUAAAGAACAAAUAUCAAGGCCAUACUUUAAUGUUGUAAGUAACAAUUUUAAACUUUCUGCCAUUCAAGAAGGAUGUUUAAUAUUUAUAUAUGCUGUAUUUUACAUUUAGCUUGGUUUUCCACCUACUAAUGAAUGUAGCAUUCUCCCUAGAUUAUACAUAACUACAUUUAUUGCUGUUGGCUCUGUAUCAAGAACUAUUUGUAAUUUUCCAGCUGUGAAAAUGUUGCCUUGCAUUUAGAAAGGUUUCAUGAUUUGGGGACCUAAUGAAACUCAUGCUCAUUAGGUACUAGGCUGCAUUUCUUUCUGUACAGGAUGCCCUUUUUUAGAUGCAUCUUAAAACAAACAGAACUGCUGUCUUAAUAUGUUUACUGCUGCACUGGAGGUUUAGUUACACUUCCAGCUUUAAAGAAAAAUUAUUGUCCUACAUCAAGUAUGUAAAGUAAGCUCAUGCUUUUUUGCUCUUUAUGUAUCCGUUACUCUUGUAGAUAUGAUAGAGGCGUUAGCUGUGGGCUUUUAAAAUGGUGAUAUUUAAAGCAUGUUGACUAACUUCCUCUCUUUGAAGUACAUGGUGAAGGAUUAUAGCGCUGCUGUGUUGAUGAUGCUAGAUUUAAGGGUCUGUCAGCACUUUUGGUAUGAAACCCUAUUUUCAGGGAUUUAUAACUUCUAAAUGUAGAUACGGUCACUGGAAGUAUUUAAUAUGCAAUAGGUAGCACUUUAAUCUGUUUAUGAAGGGUUUUGAGAUUUGUUUCUGUUCAAAAAGUCACGGUCUCCUAAAGCAUAGUGAGCAUUUGCGUUAUCUUUCAUAAUUUGUACAUUGAAGAAGCCACUGUAUGUUACAAAUGGUAGAGCCAUUCCUAUUCAUCUUAGAAGCUUCCAGAUGUCUUGUAUUACAAUGUACUAUAAAAAGCUGAAGAUCCAGGUUAUAUAGGAAGUCUGUAAAAGAUAUGAACAUUACUUAUAACAUAAGGGUUGAUUUUGUCUCGUGCAAUCAAUGGUAGUUUGUCUACAUUUAAUAAUGGUACAGAAUCACAACUAUAUGCACAUGUGAGAACUAUAAACUUAGAAUGCAUGAAAAACUUUAUUUUUGUUUCAUUAUUGCAACUUCAGCUCCUUUAAUUUGAUAAAAAUGUUAUCUUAAUAUUUUAAUUUCUGUUCAUUAAAUAAAUAUUGCAUGUCUAACACUAAUAAAGCACCACAAUGCACUACCGCAGUA